CUUGAUAUAAAACAAUGAGAGGUUUAACAAAAUUAUACGAGUGCGUAUCUAACUUUACCUCUUAUUGACACUAUGGACUCUUCUUCCUUUGUUCUACGCCCUGGCGGUACUGAUGUAGGGGAUGCGGCCGCUCUCAUGGGCGCUCUGGAUGCCGCCAUCGACCACUUGAAAGCAACAGGAAACGUCGACCAGUGGGGUCCAACAAGGUUCUCCGAUAGAAAUGGGUAUCUUGAAGCUGUGGAGGAGUCCUUGCUCGAACGCGAAAAAUACAGAACAACAGGAAAAGGCCAGGCCAAACGUGCCGUCAUGGCCGAGAUUGCUUGCACAGAGUCGAAUGGCGACAAUGUGUCGUUUAGGAGGGACGCGCAAGGCCGCUGCUGGCUGCAGGUAGCUUCAUUAGAAAUUUGGGAGAAUACUAUUGGAGAAAACCUUACCAAAGUUGACGGUCUGCGACAAUACAUUGACGAGGCAAAGGCCCAACCUGGAGGGUUCCUCUUUGUGAAUUCACUCCUUGCAGACCAUCGAGCAGGAGAUAGAGCCAAAGGUGCAGGCAAGGCACUAAUGGAGUAUGCAGAAGAACAUGCAAUCAAACAGGGAAUGUCUGCAGUAUAUUUGGACUGCUGGAUAGGUGGCACCGCUGGCCUCGUAAGGUAAGUUACUUAACAAUACCUGUUGCGAGACGU